AGUCAGGGCUUUGCAGUGUCAUGCCCUGGAGCCCCCGGACCGCGCCAAGCUGGGCGCUGUUGCUGCGGCUGCUGGCACUGCUGCGGCCACCGGGUAUGGUUGAGGCAUGCAGCUGUGCCCCUGCACACCCCCAGCAGCACGUCUGCCACUCGGCGCUUGCCAUUCGGGCCAAAAUCUCCAGUGAGAAGGUAGUUCCUGCUAGCACAGACCCUGCUGACACUCAAAAAAUGAUCCGGUAUGAAAUCAAACAGAUAAAGAUGUUUAAAGGGUUUGAGAAACUCAAGGAUGUUCAGUAUAUCUAUACACCUUUUGAUUCCUCCCUCUGUGGUGUGAAACUAGAAGCUAACAGUCAGAAGCAAUAUCUUUUGACUGGUCAGGUCCUCAGUGAUGGAAAAGUCUUCAUCCAUCUGUGCAACUACAUCGAACCUUGGGAGAACCUGUCCUUUUUGCAGAGAGAGAGUCUGAAUCACCACUACCAUCUGAACUGUGGCUGCCAAAUUACCACCUGCUAUACAGUGCCCUGUACCAUCUCAGCUCCCAACGAGUGCCUCUGGACAGACUGGCUGUUGGAACGGAAGCUCUAUGGGUACCAGGCCCAGCAUUAUGUCUGCAUGAAGCAUGCUGAUGGCACCUGCAGCUGGUACCAGGGCCGCCUGCCCCUCAGGAAGGAGUUUGUUGACAUCAUACAGCCCUAAUAGGGGCCAGUGACCAUCACACUCCUUCAAGCAUCCUG